AGAGAGAGACACAGAGAGAGAGAGAGAGAGAGAGCUUCUGUAAUGUCCGCCAUGUUGGCCAUGGCGCACUGAACCACGGGGGAGGAGGAGGAGGAGGAGAACCCACAACCCAGACCCCACAACCCCAGAACCCAGACCCCAAAGGUUCUACCCAGAACCCUCUCACUCUCCACAUGAGCGCUCGGGAGGCGGCCUGAUCCUCGCACACGUGUCGUCGUGUUGUCGUAAUAACGCAGGAUGAGUAAGCUCUCGUUCCGGGCUCGGGCGCUGGACGCGGGUAAACCUCUGCCCGUGUUCCGCUGCGAGGACCUGCCCGACCUGCACGAGUACGCGUCCAUCAACCGGGCGGUGCCGCAGAUGCCGACCGGGAUGGAGAAGGAGGAGGAAUCGGAGCACCAUCUCCAGCGGGCCAUCUCGGCGCAGCAGGUGUACGGCGAGAAGCGGGACAACAUGGUCAUCCCCGUCCCCGAGGCCGAGCGCAACAUCACGCACUACGAGUCCCUCUACCCCGGGGAGUUCAAGAUGCCAAAGCAGCUUAUUCACAUACAGCCUUUCAGUUUGGAUACAGAGCAGCCGGACUACGACCUAGACUCCGAGGACGAGACGUUUGUGAAUAAGCUGAAGAAGAAGAUGGAAAUCACCGCCCUGCAGUUUGAGGAAAUGAUAGACCGGCUGGAGAAAGGCAGCGGACAGCAGCUCGUCAGUCUCCAGGAGGCCAAACUGCUGCUGAAGGACGACGACGAGCUGAUCAAGGAGGUGUUUGACUACUGGAGCCGCAAGAGGAAAACCUGCAAGGGGGGCUCCCUCAUCCCCAACGUCAAGCAGGAGAAGAGGGACGGCUCCAGCACCAGCGACCCCUACGUGGCCUUCCGCCGACGGACGGAGAAGAUGCAGACCAGGAAGAAUCGAAAGAAUGACGAGGCGUCGUACGAGAAGAUGCUGAAGCUGCGCAGGGACCUGAGCCGAGCUGUCACCAUCCUGGAGAUGAUCAAGAGGAGGGAAAAGAGCAAGAGGGAGCUGCUGCACCUCACACUGGAGAUCGUGGAGAAGAGGAAUGGAAUGCCCGACUUCGGCAGCGAGGUGAUGGCGGAGGCCCUUGCACAGCGAGCGUUGGUGAAGCCCGUCUACACCAUCCCCAUCAUCCCCCCGUCCAGCAGUAACCAGUACAGACACCAGGACCACUUGGACAUGAAGGACUACAAGAAACCGGAGAAGACGGAGGCAGUGCGAACCAAAAGGAAAUACGAAAAGAAACCCAAGAUCCCCCCUCUGUCGACGCCUCAACAUUCAGGGCCCUCUGUGUUCAAUCCCAAGGACCUCAACCAGUACGACUUCCCCAGCUCAGACGAGGAGCCCUUCUCACAGAUCCAUUCCGGUUCCUCGGAGGCGGAAGAGGAGAAUGACCCAGAUGGCUGCUAUGCGUUCAGGAGGAAGGCCGGCUGUCAGUACUACGCUUCUCGUCCGGACCAGUGUGGCAACUGGCCCUGGGUCAGCCCGUCAGAGGGCGGUCUCGGAGACCCGCGCUUCCGCUACUGUCUGACCUCGCUGAACAUGCCGCGGCGCUGCAUAGGUUUGGCCCGGCGCCGCGUGGGCAGAGGGGCGAGGAUCUUGUUGGACAGAGCGCACACGGAUCUAGACGCCAUCUGUCAGAGCCUGGACUCGGACCCGGAGCCCGAACCGCUCGCCUCGCCACUUCCAAGUUCACCGCUCCGCAACUCCAACGGCAGUACCUCAGAAAAAACCAAUACCUCGGACCCGACCAGCUCCCCCCGCCCCCCCUCCUCUUCAUCGCCCCUGUCGUCGUCAUCGUCGUCGUCAUCGCCAACACCCAUGGACCUCAGCCAGAUUCUUUUGAACAUUAAAUCUUGCCGCUGGAGGCACUUCAGACCACGGACGCUAUCCCAUCACCCCUUGGGUGGAGGAGACUUGUCUCGCAGAGGAUUUAGGGAUUUAAGCCGGACUCUGUCAGGACUAACCCGGACCCUGUCUGGAGGGGCCAGCUCCCAGAACCGCACCGGCCCGGCCCCCACCCCCGUCCAUGUGGUCACGGCGGAGCAGUACCAGCAGCACCAGGAGCAGCUGGCCCUCAUGCGGAAGCAGCAGCUGGAGCAGAGCCAACAGCAGCAGCAAGCCAACAACCCUGCAACGACCACCAACACCAACGCACAGGCGCUCGCGUCCAAGACGUUGGACCAGGCCAGCGCCCAGUUUGCUGCCUCGGCCCUCGUCACCACAGACCAGCUGCUGGCCUUCAAGUCCAAAGAGGAGCUAGUGCUGGCAAGUGGCGUCAACGGGGUCCUGGCAGGAGCAGGCGUCUUCAAAGGCCUCCAUCUCUCCAGCACCACCUCCACCCUCCACCAGACCAACCAGUCGACGCACACCACCUCUUCCUCCGCGGCUCCCACGUUCCUCCAGCCCUCCUCCAACUCGGCCACCCCUUCGCCCGCCAACGCCGUCCCCACCUCCCUCACCUCCACCCCCAGCGGCCACGCAGCAACAGCAGCGGCGGCGCUGGGGAUCCUGGGAUGCAGCGCCGCCGCCGCGCCCACCGCCACCACUCAGGUCCUCAUCGGGAACAACAUCUGUCUGAGCGUGCCGUCGGCCGCCGGCCUGGCCGGGCGCCACAUCCCCCGGACCCUCGGCAACGUGCCACCUUCUGCCUUAAAGCUGUCGGCCAGCACCAACCUGCAGAUGCCCAAAGUCUCCGGAGCAUCGUCCAUGGACUCAAGGGAUAAUCACGACGAAGACAAGCCAGCACUGAACAGUAUAGCAGACAACACAGUGGCCAUGGAGGUGACGUAGUAGCGGUGCAGCGAGAGGAGUCCGCUCUUUAGGUGCUGUGCAUCGUAGCAUCGGGAAUGCAAAAAAAGGGGACGGCAGGACUCUGACGGAACGACGGGCGGACGGCCGCGACCGCUCGCUUGCAAUUCUCAUCUCUCAUACUUUUUAAAAACCCUUUUUCUUUUUUUUUUCUUCGUUUUUGUUUGUUUUUUCUUUUUGUUAAAAGUAAAAGAUUGACAUCUGUAAAUUAUGAAAUAUGGCAAAAAUGAGUAUCUGUACAGUAACUACAUAUUUGUAAUAUCCCCCUUGUAUAUAUAUUACUUGAAUACAGAACUGUCCAUUUGUGAUGUUUUGCACUUGGGAGUCCAACUUAAAAAGGUUUAAAAAAAUAAAAAAAAAAAGAGGGAAAAAAAAAGAAGAAGUAAGCCAAGUGAGAGAGAUGUGUGAGUUUGUAUAGAGAAGAGUUUUAUCACAUCAUGUGCAUGGUGCGGAGCCUGCUGUUUUUAUCUAUUUAUUGUGCUGUGUUUACAGUUAAUUUGUUUUUUGGGUUUGUUUUUGUUUCUUUUGUACACUGUACCUUUUGUUGGUUCCUGUGCUGUAGUAAAUGUUAGGUAGCUACGGACUCCUGGGUAUUUAUGUAUAGUGUGAACACAAAGCAGGUCCCUCUCCACACACACACACACACACACACACACAUACACAUACACACACAGACAUUUAUUUUGGGUCCCUGUUCUUCUCUCUGUGGAUCAUGUGAAAAUCAAUGGUGACAUACAUACAGAGCGGGAGGCCAGGAGGAGGAGGAGGAGGAUGAAGAGGAGGCGGUGUGUUGUCAGGUGACUGUGUUUCACUUGAAGGGAGACGCUCCUCUCUUCCUGGGAGCUUCCAUUAACAUCGUCCCAAACACAAGUAACAAAACAGGCGUGAAGUCUCUUCCCAGAAGCCUCUGCUGCUUCUGAUUUAAAGCACUAUUUUAUUUUUGUGAUGUUUUUUUGUUUUUUUUCAUGGUUUUGAUAAAUAUUAAUGCUGCUUUUGUAUCGUUUGUUUUUAAACGGGGUUGUUCUUCAUUUUUCAUGCAAGCGGAGUCCCCUAAAUAAUUAUUUUAUCCCACAAACAUUUUUGUAAGACAAAAAAUUCUGUUAUUUUUGUAUCUUUUUUUUUUUUUUUUUUUUUUUUUUUUUUUGUUCUUGUGGUAAAAUCGAUUGUAAGCUUUUCGUUAAUUGAAAGACUUCAUUCUUUGGUUCAUUUGUUACUUGUUCAUGCAUAGGUGACAAGGGAGGUGAAUGGGCAGUUAUCGCUGUACGUGUUUCAUCAUUCCAGUUUUUAAUAACUAAAAAAAAAUGCUAAUGAGGGGGGCGGAGGAGUGACUCUCUCUCUCUCUCUCUCUCUCCUCCCCUUUUUCUUUAUUUUCCGUUUUGUUUUUUUCGUUGAAAAAAUAAUCUCCAGACGGCUGCAAGGCCAAAAACCACAAGUAUUGGGUGCCUUCCUUUGGGGAAUUCUAUGUACUCUCUUCUGUGAAGAGUUAGGCACAAAGGCAGCAUUACUUAGUAGUGCUCAUCGUCUUUGUCACAAUCUGAAUGCCCAGUCCAAUGGCAGGAUAUAUCCUUGAGGUUUACUUGUCCCACCUGGAGGCUGAAAAGACUAAACAAAAAAAAAAAUGUGACAGAACUCUCACUAAAAUAAGACAAUAAAGCCCAG